AACUUCAACACAGAAAUCUUGUGAGGCUCUUAGGUUGCUGCUUUGAGAAAGAUGAAAAGCUCCUAGUCUAUGAGUAUAUGGCCAACACUAGUCUUGAUGCCUUCCUCUUUGAUUCUACAAAAUGUAAGGAACUAGAUUGGGCUAAGCGAGAAAAUAUAGUCACUGGAAUAGCGAAGGGACUUUUGUAUCUACACGAGGACUCUAGGCUCAAAAUCAUCCAUAGAGACAUGAAAGCCAGCAAUGUUUUAUUGGAUGGUGAGAUGAACCCAAAGAUAUCAGACUUUGGGACCGCCAGGAUUUCUUAUGACCAAAUUGAUGCCAGCACCAACAGAAUUGUGGGUACAUAUGGAUACAUGGCACCAGAGUACGCAAUGGAGGGAAUAUUUUCAAUAAAAUCUGAUGUUUAUAGCUUUGGAGUUCUAAUGUUAGAAAUCAUAAGUGGUAGAAAAAAUAAUGCUAGCUUCAAUCUCCCAGCACGCACCCAAGGCUUUCUACAAAAUGCAUGGCGACUAUGGAAUGAUGGCAAAGCACAAGAGUUGAUUGAUAGAAACUUGAUCGGCAGUUGUCCUGUAGGAAAGGUUGCCAUAUGGAUUAACAUCGCAUUGUUGUGCGUUCAAGAAAACCCUGAUGAUCGGCCCUCAAUGUCAAAAGUUGUUUUCAUGCUUGGAGGCCAAUCAACAGAGAUUGCUAAGCCAUCUGAACCUCCAUUCUCUGUUGGUAGAUACCCCAUAUCCGAUCAACAACCAUCUAUCGGGGAAAGAACAGGACCUACAAGUCUAACACUUACACUCCCCCGAUAAUAGAAUUGGAUGGAUGGAGACUUAACCCAGUGGAGAUCACCCAAGACAUAACUUUUAUAUCAUGUUAAAUCAUCUAACUCAAAACUAAUUGGCAAUGAGUAGAGGGGCU